CUGAUUCACUGUUGGAUAUCUCUCCUUCCUAAUACAAUCUUGAUCGAUUCCACAUACUCUGUACGCUGUAUUAUAAUGAUGAUAGUAUUAUUAGUUAGAUAAGUACUGCACACGACUGAAUAGGAAGGAGUAACCAUUCACUUUCCCUGCGCAGGAUGGUAAUCCUCAUGACGUAGGUGGUUUUGCACGUGCAAUUCGGGCGCGGACGGCGGUUGUCAAUAACCCUAUCGAUAGCGUAACCACACCAUACAUGAAUUGCAGGAUUUACGUAUAAAGGAUCUCGACAUCGCGCAUGUUAUGAUUAUGAUAUCGACCCGAAUCCUGUUGUCAAAUCCUGCUGUCAAAUCCCGUUGUCAAGUGAUGACCCUGUGGCGGUGAAGCACUGUGCGUAUCAUUGCACAGCACGUUACAUAUGUCAACAAGUCACCUUGAUAAGGCAUUCAGUAAAAUAUCCAGUAAGUUAAUACAUCCAGUGAACAUGGAAUAUAUCCAAGGAGAGAAACUCCGAAAUCUCCUCGGAGACAUUCAGUUAUCGCGUGAUAAGAUAAGCUGGACACCUUCCUAUUGUCUUGAUGUGUAUAUUAGAAUUCACUCUAUAGUAGAUCUAUCAAUCAACCAGAUUUAUUAGCAA